AUGGGCGAGCAGUUCCCAAGCCACGCAGUUGCAGCCCAGAGAGCUCUGACCAUGCAGAACCACAUCGGCACUGCGGCCGGGGAGCUCGAGACCUGCGCGGCCUCGGCGGCGAGUGCCAGUGGCCCGCGGAUGCGCGAGCUCGAGGGCUGGAAAGAGUUGGCUAUCGAAAGCGCAGUUUCGCUCAACGUGCCGAGCGCUAAUUGCAGCAAGACCUUGCUGGGAUUCGUCGAGCAUGUCGUCGGCGGCGAUGGCGCUCCUCUGGCGGCGUGCACGGACUCUGUUGCACAACAUUUUGGCUGCAACGUUACGCUCGGGCAAACGCAUUGGGAAGCGCUUGCGCAAGCAACUUUCACAUCGAAGACCAACGUGCAUCCUUCGAUUCGGGUGGCGAUUGCCAUUGUGAACCUCAGGGGUGACAAGGUUGAGGACCGCGUGGCGCGCUUGCUGGCGAACGCUGGCAUAGCGAAUGUCGCAGGUCAGACCGUCACGUUCGACGAGUGGGCGAAGUAUGAGAAGGACGUUGCAGCCCAGAAGCUGUGCGCGGUCUUCAGCAUCGGCCAGACUGUCAAGCUUCGCGAAUCUGUCAACCGCUACUCGGACCGAGAGCCAUACAUGGCUGAGAUUGCAUUGGCCGGUCUCAUUGAGAAGUGGUCAAUCUCGGAGGCUGAGCCGCCAAAGCAGGUGGAAGGUGAUCAGCAGCGCCCACAGCGGCUGUACAUCGACAAGCGAAAGGCUGCGGUGUACCGAGCUCUUCUCGAGCUAGAUGCCAAGCGCAUGAGCAAGCAUAAUCUGGUCUCCUGGCGGAAGUCAGAUGGGGUUCGGACCACGACCACGAUCAAGCAGGGUCAGCUUGCGCUGGUCACAGUGGCAAAACGUAUUAACCUACAUUCGAAUAACACUGGGUCGGGCAUAUCGCUUAGCGAUCGCGUGGUUGACAGCGACACCACGCAGAACUUCGCUGUGUUCCCUGUGGGGAAGCCGAAAGACAACGGCACCACCCAGUUCGAUGAAGCCGAAUAUGGCUGCGCACUGGUGGGUCGGGUCAACCUACAAUAA